AGAUAUUCAGUUUCAGUUCUGGUUGUUUGUGAAUGGAGCUGUGCGGAUCUUCCAUAUAGAAACCAUCCACGGUCUUUGUUUACAUCCUCCACCUCCGCCUCUCACAGCGCCACACGAUGCUCCGAGCUCACACCGCUUGUUUACCAGCGCCUCACUGAGCACUGAAACUCCAUCACAGCCUUCAAAGACGAGGCAAGAAGAAAACAGCUCGUCGCGCUCGGCGGCAGCCAAUCAGCGGCCUGGUUUCUCUUCAGCAUCUCGCAGGGACUGAGCCAUCGGGCAGACUUGAGCUCAGGCAGCAGCGGGGAGGAAGGAGACUUCAAGGCUGCUCGACGCGCAAUUAUGGUUUUGUGAAAUUUACAAGGAGGUGGAGGAUUUCGUCACCAGCACAAAGAGAAAUCAAAAGUCGGCUAAUCCAAGCACUGCGCAGAGGGAACCAAAUUCCUGCACAAGCAUGGCAGACCAGAGAGACAACAUGGAUGACUUUAAAGUCCAGACAGCCAAGCAUCCCAACAUGGGCUCGGCCCCUUUACGGCCGCACAGUGAACAGUCUAAAGACCGAACGUCCAAAAGGCUUUCGUCUGAGUCUAAUGGGACCAGCGAAGGAGGUGUGGGUUCGUCCACACCAGUGGAGGUGACCGCUUUGGAAGAGUCAUUUCGGCGCUUCGCCAUCCACGGUGACACUCGCGCUACAGGCAAGGACCUGCACGGCAAGAACUGGUCCAAACUCUGCAAGGACUGCGGUGUGAUUGAUGGCAAGAGCAUCACCCUCACCGACGUGGACAUCGUCUUCAGCAAAGUCAAGAAGAAAUCCUCUCGCACCAUCACAUUUGACGAGUUCAAGGUUGCACUAGGAGAGUUGGCCAGGAAGAAAUAUAAAGAGAAGACUGGAGAGGAAGCCGAGGCCGAGGUCUUCAAGCUGAUCGAAGGGAAGGCACCUAUAAUUGCUGGAGUUACGAGAGCCGUGGCUUCCCCGACAGUGAGCCGCCUUACAGACACCACCAAGUUUACGGGGUCACACAAGGAGCGUUUUGACACCACCGGCCGCGGGAAGGGUAAGGCGGGACGAGUAGACAUAGUUGACACUUCCGGAUACGUCUCGGGAUACAAACAUCAAGGGUCAUAUGAAAAGAAAGUCACUAAACCCACCGUGGGAAAACCCAUGUGAGAGUGAAGAUGAGGAAAUAAACAUUUGAUCAAUUACUAGGAUAAUUUUCUAUUUAAAAAAAAGAAAAAAGAAAAGAAGAGUACUCAAUGAAAGCACAAAAGAAUAGGAUUGCAUUAUAUUUUCCCAACCAUCUAUUUUGUGUGUGUGUGUGUGAGAGAGAGAUGUUUUUGAGUUCCUCUCUUUUUCAGGUGUGAGAACUGGAAAACUGUUUACAUCUAUUUUUACAAAGUCAUCACCAGCUGGUACAUUCCUAUCUGAUAGCAAAUUACUGCCAAACACUGAAGAAAACAAAUGAGAACUUCUAUGCUAUGAAUAUUGCAGCUUUGUUGUUAUGAUAGGGGCUUAUAAUAUUUAUUAAGCACAAUGAACACAACAUGCCAAGAAAAACAAAAGUGGGGCAGCGGUUUGAUGAAUUAACAACAUUGCACUUUUUAAAUGGAAAUGUUUCUAUUCCCAUAUUUAGCUGAAGAAAUGAAUUUUUAAUUCGUUUUGCAGAGUUUCAGUGAUAAUUGGCUCUCAUUUUUGACAUAAAUAUUAAUUCAAUCUUGUGUUAAUUGUUUGUCUGCCAUCUCCACUUGUCAGCCGUUGUUAAGUCUUGAUAAAAUCUGCUGUUCAUUUUUUAUUUUCAAAAGCUCACACUGUCAUCUGAAUAUUUUGCCUUUAGCUCAAACCAAGAAAGAUAUUCUAAGAAUUUUGUCAACUUGGUUUAAUUUUUUUUUUUUUUGUUAGUUGUUGGAUUGAACAUUUUUGACCUCUGCCAUAUCUGUCUGCUUCUGUGAAUAUGAAAAACAAAAGUCCUAGCAUGCAAGUCUUUUAAAAUGGCCUGCUUAUGACGCUUAAAUAAACAUUUAUUUAAUAGGACUUUCCUAUUACAUCUUACACUGCCUCACAAACCAUAUUGCCAACAUGCAUUUUGAAUAUUAAAUUGGUGAAUUUAGCUGAAGGAAGCUCCAACCGCAGUAGAUGAGCUCAGUUGUACAAGAUUGUAUUUUUAACAUUUUACUUAAAUUGUUACUUCCUCAUCAGAUUUCUUACAGUAGUUCUAAUAUAUUUGUGGUAAGAUUGUGUAUAUUCUAAAAAGUUAUAGCCACCUGGCUUAAUUUAUGACACUGGCUUCGUAUGUUUUUAUUUCUUCCUGUAUUGCUGUACUUUGUGCAUGUUGUGUAUAUUGCAUUUGAUUCAGAAGCAUAUAGAUGACUGUAGGAGUUUGUCAUAUCGUAUCUGAACUGCUGUGCCUGCUGUGAGGACAGACUACUGGACUGACUUAAUUAUUUUCUUGCUAAAAAUAUAUUAAGUGAUGAAACUGUGGGAUCAUGAUAAAAUCUUGUAUUGCUUGAAAUCAAUGUGUAUCAACUUGUACAUGUACAAAGUCAGCUACCCUAUAAUGCUAUUAUACUUGUCUAUUGAUAAAGAUUUAGAGUACCUUUUAUGUGUGGUACUGUCAUCCAAGGCACAAAUUCAACUAAAUACAAAAGCAGGGAUUUACUGUUGUAUCCUGACAUACUGCAUACUGUAUGAGAAAAAGGGAAAAAUGCAAGUAAUAUACUUUUGUAGAACAAUAUUUUUUCAACAUAGUGACAGUGUUUUUUUCACCACACUCGUCACACACUACCCGUAGCCUCAGCUGAUGAAGAAUCACGCAUUGAGUGCGAAACUAGCAGCUAUCAGUGUGUUAGUUUUUGUCUGCUGCAGUAGCUUGGGUGUAAUCUCUUUCCUGUGCUUAAUGCCAAAUACUGUGCACCUUUUAAUGUGGAGGAACAAUAUUGUCUUUAUUUUAUUUUUUUCAAAUAACUUUUAAUGUACUAUUGUGCCCCGGUGCAUGCAGCGUGUUUUUGUUCUUGUUCUUUAGACCUCUUAAUGUGUGUUCAUGAUUUGUAGUGCUUUAUUGAAAAUAAAAAAUAAAAAUAAAAAAACACCCCAGAACCUUUGCUGAGCAGGUUAUGGGGUGCAAGUCAAAAUA